AUGAUCCGGCUUCAUACUCGUGUGCGACCGGUUGGUAACAGUUCUAAUGGUGGUAUUAUUGUUCACCGUCGAGAUCGAGAACUUUUAAUUAUAAUAUUUGCUGAAGUUGUUGUUUAUAUACUGACAAUGCUUCCAUAUCCAAUUAUUGUGUCAGAAGCAGCAAUGACCGAUUUUAUUGGUUUCAUACAAAAGGAUAUUCUUGCAGCGCAGUCUCUACCAGAUAUAAAAGUGAAAUACAAUGACAUUGCUCUAAGGAAAUCGGAAACAAAUCCAGGCAUUUAUUUUGUUCAAGGUGGCAUUAGAACAAAUGAAAAUAAAAGUAUUCAACCUUUAUUCGAUAAUUAUGCUAAAAAUACAACUAUUAUUGACGAUGUUGAUCUCCUUGGUAAACUACAAAAAUAUAUUACAAAAGGUUAUUUUAAAUCAUCAACUCUUUUUAUUACAUUCGACAUUACUGAUCUUUAUACAAUGUUACCACAACAAGAAUCAUUAGCUAUUCUUGUUGAAUUUCUUCAUGAACACAGAUGUGAACAAGUCAAUGGCAUUUUCAUUGAUACCAUCCUAGAAUUGGCUCGUAUUGUUCUUGAACAGAAUGCUUUUAUCUACGGCAAUAAAUACUAUCGACAAAUUAUUGGUGAAGCAAUGGGAUUCGCAUUUACAUUAACAUUGGCUAAUAUCUUUAUGUGGAAAUGGAAAAAACAAGCCAUUCUAUCAAAAUUACCUUCCCGUGAAUUAUAUGGCUGGUAA